GAAGAAAUCUGAAACCCGGCUUCCAAUUCUCAAAGCUGGUCUCAAGAAAGUUUCAUCCAAGAGUCCUAGUUCUCAGAAACGGCAGUUGUCACCAGAGAACUGUACUGGAAGGUCAAAAACCAGCACUCUACAGCUUCCGGAUGAAGCUGGUUUUUCGCAGCAAUUAUCACGCAGUUUGGAGGAUUUAGAGAAAGACGAUGAUUCUGGCACAAGAGAGAAUGGGAGUGGAUGUAGUGAUAUCACGGACGAUACAGAUGGAGCAGCAGACGGUGAGUCUGCGAGGAAGCGAGCCGCCAUGGAACAUAUCCAAGAGAAGAUAACGAGAACAAUGGACCAGAUUAAAGAAGAGCAAGCUACUAAAGAAGCUAAUGUUAAUGAAUAUCUUCGACUGGCUGGUGAGGCAGACAAACAGCAAUUACUACGCAUCAAACAAGUCUUUGAGAAGAAAAACCAGAAAUCUACACAGUCCUUGAGUACGCUACAGAAAAAGCUGGAAAAAUACACAAAAACUAUGAAUGACGUCCAAACCUAUGGAGCCCAUAGGCAAACAAAAGAUAAAUUAAAAGACAUGGGCCAAGGACUAAAAGAUGUUGGGGCUAACAUUGUUGACGGAAUUACAGGGUUUUCAGGGGGUGUGGUUGGUAAUAUUAAGGGUGCUAAAGAGACUAUAGUCUCAAAGCCAAAGGAGUUUGCUCAUCUGAUAAAGAACAAAUUUGGCAGUGCUGAUAACAUAAGCUCAAUGAAGGUCUCAGAAGAUGGCCAGAUGGAGGAGGGUGAAAAAUCUCAGGGAGGAGGGACAUUGCCCGCCAGAUUCAAGCCUCAGUUUACAAGGGAGGUAGCUUUCACUGGUAAAAACGAAGAAACACAAGCCCCUAGCUUCAAGUUUGAUUCUGAUGAGGAAAAGUCAAGUAUUACAUCAGGUUCUGGGUUCGGAGCCCACAGCAGUCCACAGUCCAACUCACAGAAUGCCUCCCAGCAGAUUGUUAUACCUCAGGGGGCACUUGAUAGUCUUAUUCAGGAAUUGAGAGAAUCGAAAGAGAGUAGUAAUAUGCUGCAAGAAAAAUUACAACGAGUUAUAGAUGACUUUGAUGCUUAUAAGGUUGGGAGUCAGCAAGAGCUGGGUCAGAUUAAGGGUAUGUUGGAAGAGGAUAGAUUUAGAAUAGAGCGUAUGGAAGAACAAAUGAAUGAUAUAUCAGAUCUGAAUCAACAUCAGGUGAACAAUUUGAAACAGGACAUGGGGAAUAUAAUCAGUAUGGAGGAGAAGAUAGAAUACAGACUGGACGAACGAACGGCUGAUAUCCAAGAUCUGUUAGAGAAUUGUCAGACCAGGAUUACGAAGAUGGAACUACAGCAACAACAACAACAGAUAAUCUCUAUGGAGAUGGUAGAAAAUGUCACAUUUCGUACGAUACUCACCAAACUGAUCAACGUAGUCCUGGCACUACUGGCUGUGAUACUUGUGUUUGUCUCCACAUUUGCCAAUCUCCUUGCACCUUUCCUUGCCAACAGGGCGCGUAUAUUGAGUACUGCAGUGUUAGUAUUGUCGUUAAUACUUUCCUGGAACAAUUGGAGCCAUAUAUGUGACUUCUUUAACUAUGUGUCCUCAUAUAUACGUUACCUGCUACCAAACCGGUAGCCACUUUAUCUCAAAACUAUAUUAAUUUGUACAUAUUUACUACGGAUAACCUCCCUUAGUUGGAGAGUUUUCCAAGACAGAGUUGUUCCCCUUUGAUUCCAACAUGGAGUCAUGGAUUUACAGAGAAGGAAAGAAGAAUAUAUCUUCGGAUAUAGACGAAGCAUUUUUAGUGCUGAAAAUUUUGCAAUGGUUUAAAGAUUGUUGAAAUUUCUUCUUCUUUGAAAUGUGAUAUCGGACUGAGAGUGAUUUAUAGUGAUAGAAAUACAAUAAACAUUGUGAUAGUUGGUACGUUGUUUGGAGGUGGUUGGUACAUUGUUUGGAGGUGGUUGGUACGUUGUUUUAAAGGGGGGAAAUAUUAGGAGCAAAAACUAAUAAUGAUUUCCUCGUUUUUUUGAGGAUGGUGACAGUGAUUUUAUGCCAUGAUUUAGAAAAGCAUUAGAAACUAGCUUUGCUGAUAUGUUUUGACAAGCAAGCAUAAUUACAUUGCUUUAUGCAGACAUGACAGAAUUAGAUAAUUUUUGCCAAGAAUUAAAUGUAUAAGUUUUCACCUUAAUUAGUUAGUAAUGCUAGUAGAAUGACACCAGGUGUGGGAUUUUUAUAUAGAAUUACUGUGUAAUAUUUGACAAAAAAUGUUUAAUAUGAAAUAUAACAGUCCAAUAAAAAUGUUUAUUAUGGGUGUAAUAGUCCAAUAGAAAUUUUGAAUAUGAGUAACAGUGAGUCCAAUAAAAAUAUUGGAUAUGAGUGUAACAGUCCAAUAAAAAUAUUGGAUAUGAGUGUAACAGUCCAAUAAAAUGAUUGGAUGUGAGAGUAACAGUCCAAUAAAAUUAUUGGAUGAGUGUAAGAGACCAUUAAAAUGUUAGAUUCGAGUGUCACAUUGUAAUAGAAAUGUUAAAUAUGAGUGUAACAGUCCAAUAUGAGUGUAACUGUCCAGUAGAAAUGUUAAAUAUGACUUUAACAGUCCAAUAAAAAUGUUAAUUAUGUGUUACGAUACAUAUUGUUCUGUUUGUUUAAAACUGUGAUUUGAAGAAACGCAAAAAUAAUGUGAUUUGUUCAGAACGUAAGGGAAUAUGGAUGGGUCUUUGCUUUGCUAGUGAUAAUUGGGGUGCAAAGAUCCAGUCAAACAUGCAUGUGGUAUAUUAUAAUACAGUCACCACAAACUGUAAUACAUUGCUGGUUGUGAUAGACAAUAUGAAACUUAAACUAUUGUUCAAUUUCAGAAUGCUUUAAGCUCCAGACACCACUUAUAAUGUUAAAAUAUUAAUACUAUUUAUAUACAUUAUUGUUUAGAAUUAAGAAUGUCAAUAAAUAUGCCAAUUUUUCAGUGUUU